AUGCGCCGUCUACCUAACCUAAUAAGAUAAACACCUUUUGUAUAUUCAUAAAGUUUGGUUUUUGUGUCUAUAAGUACACCAUAAAAUUAAUAUAUAGUGACUUCAGUAACAUUAUUUCUUUUGCAAUAAUCAUGAAUAUUCUCACAUCGAUCCUCUUGUUAGUUCUUUUAUGUCUUGAAGUACUUUUUUCUGCUCAUGCAAGAAUCUUACCAGAUAAUAAUAAUAAUAUUGGUGGAGGUGAACAAAUUAAGAGGACAUUUGACAUCAUAAUAAGAACAUACCAUGGGAGGAGUAGGAUCAUUAUGAGUCCACCACUACUGUCGAUUCCAUCUCUGGCCAAGAAACAAAUAACAGCUGAUCCACUGAACGAUACACCUAAUUCUUAUCAUUACUACUACAAAUCACCGCCACCUCCGGCCAGGAAGAAGACCUUAUCAUCGUCAUCAACCCAAAAAACAGCCAACAGAACCGCCAAAAAGCGUUCUCCACCCCCAUCUCCUAAAGGAGCGAAACCAAUCGUUCAUGAUAACUAUUGGCAAUAUUAUUAGUAUGUUAAUGCUAAGUAGAGGAAGACUUUAAUUGUCCGGUACUGUUUAUUUUAAGUUUGUAAUGUGCUUUAAUUAUUUAUUGCCCUUUUUAAAUAAAUUAAUCCUAUUGGAGUAGAAUGGAGUCGCUAGCUUAAUUGUUAGUUACAUGUAAAAUAUUAUUUUCAGCUCUUGUAACAAUAAUGUAAUUUACCCAUUAGUUAUAUGCUUGUAUCAGUUUGUUAUAUUACAAUUGUCCGUCUUCAUAAACAAAAUGCAAUUGCAUAGCU